AUGAGUUCGACAGCCACCUCGACGUCCACGCAGUCGGUCAUCACGGCCGUCAUCGCCAACGGCGUUGUGUGCGCCGUCUUCAUCGUGGGCUUCUUCGCUCUGCGGAUGAAGUUCACGAGGGUGUACGACCCGAAGGCGUGCACAGACUUCUUGCCGGCAGACCAGAGACCGGAGCGGCUUCCUCGGACACCGCUCUUCUGGCUGCGGGCACUCGUGGCAAAGAAGCCCGCGUUCAUCAUCAAGCACUGCGGGAUCGACGGCUACCUCUUCAUCCGGUACCUCUUCAUCAUCACCACGUUCGGCCUCGGAGGCAUCUGCUUGUGGGUGAUCCUCCUCCCUGUGAACGCCACAAACGGCAAGGGCGAGACGGGCCUCAACCAGUUGGGGAUCUCCAACGUGGGCUCUGUCGGGCGCUACUACGCACACGUCUUCAUGUCGUGGAUCUACUACUCGUGCGUCAUGUUCACCAUCUACCGGGAGUUGUACUUCUACACGAACUUGCGCUACCUGCUCAUGGCGACGCCGUUCUACGCCAAGAAGUUGUCGUCCAGAGUCGUGGUUUUCCAGACGGUUCCGGACCAGUACUUGGACGAGCACGAGUUCUACAAGCUCUUUGGCGGCGUGCGCCGCAUCUGGGUCGCCAAGGUGAGCAAGAAGUUGAGCAAGAAGGUGCAGGAGCGGGCCGGCUUGGUGGCGAACUUGGAGAUCCAGCUCAACAAGCUCUUGGCCAAGGCGGUGAAGAAGAAGAUGAAGGCGGACAAGAAGGGCGAGCCGAUCGAGCCCGCCAACGAGCUCGUGUGCUACAUCCCGCAGAAGAAGAUGCCCACGAUGCGCCUCACCAAGUACAUCGGCAAGAAGGUCGAUCUCCUCGAGUACUGCAAGGAGAGGCUUCCCGAGUUGAACAUCGAGAUCGCCAAGCUCCAGGAAAGCGAGAACAACGUCAAGAUCAAGCCGCUCAACUCCAUAGCCGUGGAGUUCGAGUCCCAGUACUACGCGCAGUUGGCCUACCAGACCGUCGUCCAUGACCAGCCCUUGCACUUCCAGCCAAAGCACAUUGGCGUUGCGCCCGAGGACAUCUUCUGGCCCAACAUGCGCAUGUUCUGGUGGGAGCAGUUGGGCCGCCUGUCCGGGUCCGUGGCGCUCGUGAUCUUUGUCAUCAUCAUCUGGGCCAUUCCCGUGGCGUUUGUCGGUUUCAUCUCGAACUUGACCUACUUGACUAACAAGAUGAAGUGGCUCAGGUUCAUCUACCACCUCCCAAAGGUGUUGCUUGGGUUGAUCACGUCGCUGUUGCCUACGAUUCUCUUGGCCGUCUUGAUGAUGUUGCUUCCGAUCUUCAUCCGGUCGAUGGCCAAGCUCUCGGGCUGCUUGACCACCCAGGCCAUCGAGUACUACACGCAGAACGCGUACUUCGCGUUCCAGGUUGUCCAGACCUUCCUUGUGGUGACGAUUGCGUCGUCCGUGUCCGCCGUGGCGACGCAGAUUGUCGAGAACCCCACGUCGGCCUUGUCGCUCUUGUCCGCAGACUUGCCCAAGUCGUCCAACUUCUUCAUCUCCUACAUCAUCUUGAACGGCUUCGCCGUGUCUGGAGGCACCCUCUUCCAGAUCGUCACCUUGGUGUUGUUCUACGUGAUGAGCUUCGCGCUCGACAACACGGUGAGAAAGAAGUACGACAGAUACACCACGCUCUCCACCUACGCGUGGGGCACCACCUACCCGAUCUACUCGUGCUUGGCCGUCAUCUCGCUCGUGUACGCCAUCAUCUCGCCCAUCAUCUCCUUGUUCACCUUCGUGGCCUUCGGCUUGUUGACCAUGACCUACAUGUACACGCUCAACUACAUCGUGGGCAUCGGCUCCGACUCUGUCGGAAAAAACUACCCGCGCGCCAUGUUCCACUUGAUGGUGGGCAUCUACCUGGGCGAGGUGUGUCUGAUUGGCCUGUUUGUCGUGUCCAAGAGCUGGGGCUGCAUUGUGCUCGAGGCCAUCUUCCUCGCCGCCACCGUGUUUUUCCACGUGCAGAUGAACAUAGCCUUCGACAACCUCACCAACGUCUUGCCCAACACCUGCAUGCGGCCCUUGGACGGCAAGUCCGAGACCCUUUCCUGGAAGGACCCGCGCCUCAUCCCGCGCUACGACGACCAGUACUGGAUCGACAAGGCCAACAAGGACACGGGCGGCGCCGACGGCGACACCUUCCAGGAGAACGUUGCCGACUCGCCCUUCAACGACCACUACGCGUUGCACGACCACCGCACCGCCACAGACAUCCAGGACGUGAUCAACGAGCCGCUGCUCAUCGACGGCGACCGCGCAGACCUCUCCAAGCCCAACUUUUUCUGGCGCUACCUCCAGCCCUGGAAGUACUUGACCUACCACGACCUCCAGGACUACGUUCCCUCCUCCUACUACGACUACCCGGACGCCCAGGACGACGGCGACGACGGUCUGCGCCAUGCCCACGACUACGACUGCCCCGACCUCUCUGCCACCUGCCCCACCGUGUGGAUUCCCCGAGACCCCAUGGGUCUGAGCAAGGUCCAGAUCGACGACUUUCGCGGCAUCGUCCCCAUGUCUGACGACAACGCGGAGUUCGACUCCAAGGGCAAGAUUGUUUUCCGCGGCGACCCUCCUGUGCUGUCGCUGGACAGCUACGAGCGCCACCUGGAGUCUGGCCGUGGCGAGAAGGGCGGCCGCGACAGCGACUGCGAGGACAGCGGCGCCAGCGCCAGCGGCUCCGCCGACGCCGACGCAGAUGCCGAAGAGCCCGGUCCUGCGCCGGACGAAGACGGCUCCAUGCGCAAGAACUUCGAGCGUCUGUGA